AAUAUGAUCUGCGCUUUGCAAGAGGACCAGAUUCAAAAUUUCACGACAUCGACACCCGCAAAUAAAAUAAUCAGAAGGACUAAAAUAUAAUUAAUAAAAACAAGGUAGGCGAAUACAAUUACCUUCCAGUCACACAAUUACUUACCUCAAUGCAAGACAGAAGAAGGCACUGUCUAAAAGCUUAAACCAAACGCGCGUUUGAGUGAAAAUCCGAGAAAGCCCCUAAAAUGUUCCAGAAGCGUUUUCGUCUCCACCUCCUCCCUCUGUCGAAGAAGCACGCUCAGUUUCCGCUUCCACGUAACGCGGUUACCCUCUCCGACGGAGUUCAACAACCCUCAGACGCCACCAUAGCCCAUCUGGUCCUCGAAUCAGACCCAGUCACUCUCUCCGAGGCCCUAUCCAAGCCCACGAUCCAAUGGGCCCCCGAGCUCGUGAACCAGGUCCUGAAGCGCCUCUGGAACCACGGGCCCAAGGCCCUUCAAUUCUUCAAACACCUGGACCGCCACCCUUCGUACAUCCACUGCGCCUCGUCGUUCGACCACGCCAUCGACAUCGCGGCCCGCAUGCACGACUACAACGCCGCAUGGGCCUUAGUGGGCCGCAUGCGAUCUCUCCGCCGCGGCCCAACUCCCCGAACCUUCGCCAUCCUCGCCGAGCGCUACGCCGCGAAUGGAAAACCCCACCGCGCCGUCAGAACCUUCAUCUCCAUGCACGAGCAUGGUUGCCGCCAGGACCUGAACUCAUUCAACACCGUCCUCGACGUCCUCUGCAAAUCUAGGCGCGUGGAAAUGGCACACACCUUGCUCAAAACGUUCCGAUCCAGAUUCAAACUCGAUUGCGUGAGCUACAACAUAAUCGCAAACGGUUAUUGCCUAAUCAAACGCACGCCGAUGGCGUUGCAGGUUCUGAAGGAAAUGGUGCAGCGAGGGAUAAACCCUACGAUGGUCACGUACAACACAUUGCUGAAAGGUUAUUUUCGGAGUAAUCAGAUUAAGGAGGCUUGGGAGUUUUACUUGGAGAUGAAGAAGAGGAAGUGCGAGAUUGAUGUUGUGACUUACACGACUGUGAUUCACGGGUUUGGGGUGGCGGGUGAGGUUAAGAAAUCUCGUAGGGUUUUUGAUGAGAUGGUGAAGGAGGGUGUGGCUCCUAGUGUCGCCACGUGUAAUGCUUUGAUUCAGGUUUUGUGUAAGAAGGACAGCGUGGAGAAUGCAGUAGUGGUUUUUGAGGAGAUGUUGAGAAAGGGGUUGUGUGCGCCGAAUGUGGUUACUUACAACGUUGUUAUCAGAGGUUUUUGUCAUGUUGGGGACAUGGAGAGGGCAUUAGGGUUUAUGGGGAGAAUGGGGGAACAUGGUUUGAGGGCUUCUGUUCAGACAUAUAAUGUUGUGAUUAGGUACUUUUGUGAUGCUGGGGAGAUUGAGAAGGGUUUGGAGAUGUUUGAGAAGAUGAGGGAUGAGCCUUGCUUGCCCAAUUUGGAUACUUACAAUGUUCUGAUCAGUGCCAUGUUUUUGAGGAAGAAAUCUGAAGAUUUGGUGGUGGCUGGGAAAUUGUUGAUGGAGAUGGUUGAUAGAGGGUUCUUGCCGCGGAAGUUUACUUUCAAUAGGGUGUUGAAUGGACUUGUUAUUACUGGGAAUCAGGAUUUUGCCAAAGAGAUUCUGAGAAUGCAGAGCAGGUGUGGCCGUGUUGUUCGGCGUUUGAAACUGUGAGAUGUUUGAUUGUUGGAUUUGUGUAGGUACUCGAAGUGACACAAGCCACUUGUUUUUUCAACAGUUGAAAGGGCAUGGUGCAUUGUAUUGGAGAGCAUGUUCCUCAUUCUGCAAUUUGGACGAAGUUUCUGUGAUCUGGGGUGAGGAACUCACUGGUGGAUGAUGAACUCACCAUUGCUGAAAACUAUGCUUUCAGGGUCUUCUCAUCCAGGCCUGAAGAGGCUAGAACAUUGAAAUCUAUUGCCUGCAACAGUUUUGCUGCAUUGGGGUUGAUAUUUCAAGAGUGGCUUGACAUUUUCUGGAUGAAGAGGUAAUUAAUGAUGAAUUUUCAGUUUGGUCACUCUAACAUGUUGAAAAGGAUGAGUAUAUGGAUUUUGUCAACUCCGACCCGGCGAAUUUGAUCGGAUAAGUCGGCCGGUUUUUGACCCGGACCCGAUCGGAAACUUGUCCAAUGCUUAACAGGGGCCAAUUUUGUUGUUUUGCCUCUUGGGGAAUACUGGAUCAUUUGCUGAAGCAAAUUGGAUUAUUCCUGCUCUUACAAUUCAAGGGUCUAUAUUGUAACUUGGAAUAAGCUUGAUCAAUGAAGUAUUUUGUAAUUGCCUUUGCAGGGAUGAUGUUGGCAAGAUAAUGAUGGAGCUCUUUAAUCCACGAUUCAUCUUUCUUGCCUCUCAAUUUAGUCUCAUGUAAAUUCAGCUAUUUUUGAAUUAAGAUUCUUUGUAAUCUCUCUGCAUUAUUUGUUAGGGAGAAGUUAUUGUGUAGAAAUCAAAUUGUGGUAUUUUUUGAUCAAAUAGGCACUUCAAUGUUUGUGGAGGGUGAUGACGAAACUAUUCAUUAUUUAAUCACAAACGUUUGUGAACUAAA